AGCUUCAGCAUUUUGUUUGAAACCAGAUUGGUUUUCAGAUAAACACCAUCGUCUCGGUGCCUUUUGUUCGUUCUCAAGAAUACAGAUUUAUUUCAAAGAACUCGUUACGUCAAAGAUGAUGCACGAGUCACCGGUCGCAGGGCACCAGCAUGCCCCGGUUUUGGGGAAAGCCGCCAAUGCCAACUCCAUUGUUGACAGAAGUGACCCGCACACUGUUUCCACUCGUUCCGCGGCCAAUGUGAAAGAAAAUUACGUAGACCAGGAUCGUCCGCGGCGCUCGCGGGACCAGUUGUGUUUCGGAUGCGUGCCAUUGCCACUAGCGUGCUUUCUGCACACGGUGUUGCUCCUCCUGGUGGACAUCGUGUUUUUUUUGCUCGGGUUUCACGGGACGAUGGGCUUCGGUACAACAAGUCGCGGAGGUGUCGCGGGCGCGACUGCAACAGCCUCCGGAACGACGACCGCAGGCGUCGCACACCAAACGUCGGUGUAUCUGCAGCUGCUGGUUUCAUGCAGUUUCUCUGCGACCGGAAGUUGGGGCAUCUACGCCGGAAAAAAGCAGCCGUACCUGGCCUUCGUGUUGUCUCUCGUGUUUUACCACUGGCCCGCGAAAGUUUUGCGCUUAUGCGCCGCCUGCGAACUUCUUUCUGUCGCAGAAGGGGCGUCGUCUUUGUUUAACGUGGUGCCGGCGUCAACCCGAGCAGGUAGUAUUUUUGCACGAGCAGUCGAAAUAGUAGUCGAUCCGAAAUGUUGAAGGGAUAGAGUUUUUCGCUGCUGUUGCACCUCAGACAAACAUACGUUUUUCAUCUCACCACUGAAUGCUGGGAACAUCUUCAGGAGCCGUGGGAUUUCUGCUGGACGUUGGUGCCGCGGUUUCUGAGUUUUGUCUCGCCACUUACUUGCUCCUGGUUCAUCACCGUUACAUUUCGUACACAGCAUCAGCAUCAGGCGCGUCGUGCAAGAACAGGUCCAAGCCGGAAGAAGAUGAUCAAGCCGACGAGGAUGGCAACGGCUCGGAGGAGCAGAGUCUACUCGAUGAAGAGGUGGACACGACUACUUCUAGCGCAAGAAGCGGCCGCCCGUCGACGGAUGUGGACGAGGAGCAGGAAGUGCGGCUGCUGAUGAUACCCCCCUCUACUGCUCCGGAUGAUCUUCCGGAGGGGCAACUGCAGAGCGAGUAUGGUGUGAGACCGGUACAACUAGCAGGUAAUAAUCGGCGUCUGGAUCUGCGCGCGUUUCUCGAUGAGCGCCGGUUCUUCGGGUUCGAUCAGGACCUGGUCCCGUACGCAACUUUGACGGGCGAGGAAUCCUUUUCCUUCUACGAUCUAUCCCGACUAAACCUCUCUGUCGAGUACAUUCCGGAGGAGGAAGACCCCCACGAUUUACGCAGUCGAAGAUCUUAAUCACACUAGGUACUUGAUGUGCAGCCUGCUAAGUGGUUUUUCAAGGCGGUAGGCCAAGUUUCAUCUUCGCUCUCAUGAGGAAUGAAACAGACAUGAUUUUUUGCAGUCUGGUUACAAUGACUUGAGAAGUGUGAGAUGAAACUGCGGGCACUGGCCCGCUAGAAAUAAAAACAACUGCUUGUCCAAAGUGCAUGGCAGGAAGUGUGUGAUUCUUGUUUUUCAUCUUCAUACACAUUGAGCGACUUUCUUGCCGCUACGUUUCUCGGUGGAUUAGAAGAGACGCCUAUGCCGUCCCGCGCGUCGCCAACCUCUUCACCAAGAGGAGGGAGUACAAUCGCGGUGGUGGAGCGCUGACAUGUCCAGGCGGAGUCGCAGCGUUCUUCCGGCGCGAUAGACAGAGCAUUGCGACUUCCGGCUGUGGUUUUCAGUUGUCCGUGCGGCAAGUGAUAAUGACAUGCGUCAUCUUUGAAUUUCGAGUUCGAUUUUGCUACAGUACAAUAGAACCACGCGAAAAAUUAUAGAGCCACGCAGUCGUCUAGCGACAGAAUGUCAUAUCGAGCCUAUAUUUCUUUCACAUGCGCAUAACUGGGACUCGAAGCAGCCCGGAGCGCCAUAAUUCAUACGAAAUACUUCUUCCAAAACAGAACGGAAGCGACAUGAAAAAUAGACCACCAUGAAAGAACACACAGAAAGAACCCCAGCAGAAAGAGGCUUCCUCGUCAGGACGAU